CCCCUUCGUCUAAACCCUAAUUUAUCAAAUCGCGCCUUCAAUUUCCCUCCUCCUCUGAACUCAAUCGAUCAACGAUUGCUCGCGCUUCCCGUUUCUGCUGACGAUUGCUGCUAAGAAGGAUGGAAAUUGAUAGGAUUGAUGGCCGCAGCCCCAACCAGUUGAGGCCUCUUGCCUGCUCCAGGGGCAUUCUUAAUCGAGCUCACGGUUCUGCUAGCUGGUCUCAAGGUUUUCCUCGAGAUACGAAAGUUCUGGCUGCAGUUUAUGGACCAAAGGCUGGGACGAAGAAAAAUGAAAAUCCCGAGAGAGCUUGCAUUGAGGUUAUCUGGAAGCCCAAAACUGGACAAAGUGGAAAGCAGGAGAAGGAAUAUGAGAUGAUACUGAAAAGGACUUUGCAGAGCAUUUGCAUUUUGACCAUAAAUCCUAACACUACAACUUCGAUCAUCAUUCAGGUAGUCCAAGAUGAUGGUUCUCUUCUCCCAUGUGCCAUAAAUGCAGCAUGCGCUGCUCUCGUUGAUGCUGGGAUUCCUCUGAAGCAUCUGGCUGUCUCUAUAUGCUGUUGUCUGGCAUCAAGCGGAUAUGUUAUACUGGACCCGACUAAGCAAGAAGAAGAGGGAAUGAAGGCAUUUGCUUACCUUGUCUUCCCGAACUCAAUAAAGUUGAUCCUUCCAGAAGGAUCGUCACACGCACAAGGUGAACGAAUGGAAGAUGGGAUUGUCACGUCCGUGACCCACGGUGCCAUGUCAGUGGAAGACUAUUUUCACUGUCUAGACCGAGGCCGAGCUGCAACAGCCAAACUGUCUGAUUUUCUGCGAAGGAACUUACAGCCGCAGGUCCUUGCCGAUGGAUCUAAAGCAGGAUAAUUGUGGGCAACUAUCUGUUUUAGCAAUGAAACCUUAGUUUCUUCAAAGCUCCUGACCCUGUUGUCAAUGUCAUGCCUAAGACAUAGCUGGCGUAACAAUGCUGGAAGGGAAUACUUCACUCCAUUGUUGACAGCAUCGACCAUUGUUCUAAGGUUAUGGAAAAGAUUCCCUCUAUCUGCUUGUAUAACUUUGAUGGUACUAUUAUUCAUGUUAUACGUCCAGCCGGGAAGAUACUUUCCGCUUGUCCAUCUGAAGUCCAUCUCUUCACGAUGAUGAUUUUCAUCAGUCUGUAAUAUUAGUUUCACGUUCGUGCUUUCGAUCCCGGAUUUACAUGUUUCAUUUUUCUUCUAUCUUUAGUGAUUGUUAAUAUUUUGUAAAAGUGCGGUUAGUAUUAUUUUAUAUUAGAAAAUAAUUCUGGAA